UCUUGGUGUAAAUUACGAGCCACCUGUUAACUCCACUAUCUUGGUUUAUAUCUGUUUAUGUCGUUUAUGUAUAUGAUUUUAAAAGUGAGGUUAAAUUUGAACAUUGCCAAGUGUUCUCAAUUUUCUAGGCUUGGAUAUACUUGUAUAAAAUGAAAAUCGAAGAAGUAAAAAGUACUGUUAAAACCCAGCGGAUUGCUGCUCACAGUCAUGUUAAAGGGCUAGGGUUAGAUGAUAACUACGUUCCUCUUCAAAUCGCCGCAGGAUUGGUCGGUCAGAAAGAUGCACGUGAGGCGGCUGGUGUUGUAGUGGAUUUAAUCAAAACAAAAAAGAUGUCCGGAAGAGCACUUUUGCUUGCUGGCCCGCCCGGCACUGGAAAAACUGCUAUUGCACUUGCCAUUGCACAAGAAUUGGGAAAUAAAGUUCCAUUCUGUCCUAUGGUUGGUUCAGAAGUUUUCAGCAGUGAAAUUAAGAAAACAGAAGUGCUGAUGGAAAAUUUCCGUCGAUCUAUCGGCUUGCGCAUUCGCGAAACAAAAGAAGUUUACGAGGGAGAAGUGACAGAACUUACUCCUGUUGAAACUGAAAAUCCAAUGGGUGGCUACGGCAAAACCAUAAACAAUGUUAUCAUCGGACUAAAAACGGCUAAAGGAACCAAGCAACUGAAACUUGAUCCAAGCAUCUACGAAUCGUUACAAAAGGAAAAAGUGGAAGUAGGAGAUGUUAUAUAUAUUGAAGCAAAUAGUGGAGCGGUGAAGAGACAGGGUCGUAGUGACACUUUUGCUACUGAGUUUGAUCUAGAAACUGAAGAGUACGUUCCUCUUCCUAAAGGCGAUGUCCAUAAAAAGAAGGAAGUAGUACAGGAUGUUACUUUACACGAUCUUGAUGUUGCCAAUGCCCGGCCACAGGGAGGUCAAGAUGUUUUGUCGAUGUUCGGUCAAAUCAUGAAACCGAAGAAAACCGAAAUAACAGACAAACUGCGCAUGGAAAUAAACAAAGUCGUCAACAAAUAUAUUGAUCAGGGAAUCGCUGAAUUAGUUCCUGGCGUUUUGUUUAUUGAUGAAGUUCAUAUGCUAGAUCUGGAAUGUUUUACAUAUCUUCACAAAUCACUGGAAUCUGCUAUUGCACCGAUCGUUAUAUUUGCUACCAAUCGUGGUCGAUGCGUGAUACGUGGAACUGAUGACAUUAUUUCGCCACAUGGCAUUCCGCUGGAUUUAUUGGACCGACUUCUAAUCGUUCGAACAUCACCUUAUAAUCUGUCCGAAAUUGAGCAAAUUAUAAAAUUACGGGCACAAACUGAAGGUAUAAAUGUUGAAGAUGCAGCUAUCCAAGCUCUCAGUGAGAUUGGAUCCAACACAACUUUGCGUUACGCCAUUCAGCUCAUGACGCCGGCUCAUCAGUCCUGUAAAGUCAAUGGUCGUACCCAAGUUACAAAAGAUGACAUAAUGGAAGUAAACGCACUGUUUCUGGAUGCCAAGCGGUCAGCUAAAUUCUUGCAGGAAGAGAGUGCAAAAUAUAUGUUGUAGAUCCUUUCAUCAGAUUGACGUCAUUACUAUUACCUCUAUCAAUAUUCCAAACACGUGAAAUGCGCUUGACAAAUAAGAAUUCAUGAGAAAUAAAUACUGUAUGAACCCAUGAAAA